UUUCUCUGCCACUAUGCUGUGUUCCCGGGUGUGCUGGCAGCUGCUCCUUGGGUGGGCUCUGCUACUGUGCCAGCCGGUCUUUGGAGAUGCAGAGUUAGGUUCCUCAGAAGAGCGCUCUUCACAAGAGCUGGAGGAGCCAGUGUCAGAAGAACCAGAGCCGCUGGUACCAGAAGAACCAGAGGAGCUGGUGCCAGAACCAGACGAUUCAGAAGAACAGGAGCCAUUUUGGAAAGAGCCAGAGGGGAAGAAGCCCCCAUCAGAUGAAGAACUGGAGGAAAGGGAGAGAGAAGAAAGAGAAUGGUUAGAGCAUGAGAAGCAGAAACCCUGUGGUUCUUGGCUCAAACAUCUGCAGGACAUUGCAGUAGGCCGCAUUAAUAAGAGGGAAAAUUAUUACUACAAGCCAAAUGGGGAAGCAAAUAUAGUAACUAAGAAAGCCAUCGGGACAAUGGUAUACCUCAAGAUGAUAUUGUCAAAAACCAACUGCACAACAAACCAGCUACGGAAAGAGUCACUUUUUGACAGCUAUUACCUGCGUUAUCAUUAUCAUCGUCACCAUUCAGAAAACUGUGAGACGCUGAAUGGUUCCGAAAAGGAAUGCACCUUCAAAUUUUUUACUGAUGAAAGAGGAAGCAACUACGGUCUCAUCAUCUCUCAAAAAUGCAAGCCAAUUCAUCUGGAUGAGGAGAGAAGCCAACCCCCCCUCUUUGGAUUGUGAUGGCCAGUGGUUAGGGAAGAGGAAAGCAGGGUAGAAAAAUGUCCACUUGGUGUGCCCUCUUCCUUCCACCACUCUGAUGCAACAUGUUAGAUGCAUAUCUGAAAACUGUCCUAUUGGGAAUGCCCUCUUUCUUAGCCCACAAGCUCUAGCUGAUUUCAUACCCAUUCCAUUUCUUGAGCCACAUCUACUUGCUUUGAAAUAGAAAAAUAAAAGUAACUUGCUGAAGCAA